UCCCAAGAUGUCUUAACGUUCUAUAUGUGGUGUGUAAAAUUUAAGCAAAUUAAAAUUAUUUUUCUUAAUGCACACACACGAAACUCACUGCUUACACUCAUCAAAGUGUUCAAUUGAUUUCAUAUCAUCAUGAAAUGUAGUUUAUUUCCAAAUGACAAACCUAAAACAAGCUCGUAAGGUAUUUUAUGGCCGCGCAUUAGCAUAUCGCAGACCGAUUAGCGAGUCAUCCUAUACCUUGAGCUGCCUUUCUCUGCAGGGAACAGAGCAGCAUCAAUAACUGCAGACAUAAAAACACAGCCUAACGCGUAUAAAGAUAAAACGCAGCGAAUUAGAUCAUUGAGUGAUGAGAAAAAAGUAAUCAGAGUUCUUACUGGCAACAAUAUGGCGAGGCUGCAGUUGAUGGCGCUUAUCUUGCUUGUGUCGUCCGUGCGUCUCGUGGACAACCAAGAGGCCUCAACCACCUUCACGUCCGCCGUAACUGAGGCCUCAAAUGCUGAGAGUGACACAACAGUGACAAGUAGAGGCCGUUUGCUGCCGUCACUCUCGAUGAGACUCCCGCGACGCAACCGCUGGCGUCAGACGUCAACGAGCGUCAGCAGCAGCGUCAGCAGCAGCGUCGCAACUGACGACGCAACCGCUGACGUCAACUCCCACACCAGCGACGUUCCUUCUGGACCUCCUUUGCAGCUCAGCGACGCUGAGGCAGAGAAGUCACUAUUCAACGGUAAGCGCCAAUCACGUCCGCCUAGUUUCGGUCCUCCUGCCAUCAUCGGCCCGCCGUCCAUCGGACCGCCAUCGAUCAUCCCGACUACAGAAGGGAUACACGCUGACUUCGGCCUCUUCGGUUCAAAUCCUGUGUUCCCGACCAUCCCUCGACCUCCCUCAUCUCCACCUCCUCCUUUCCCAUCCCAUCUCCACAACUCGCACCGCCCAUUGUCUAGGCCACCCAGUCCUCCGUCCUUACCCAUUUCUCCUCCACUACCUCCCAGGCCUCCUGCUCCACCGCAACCACCUGCUCCACCGCAGCCUCCAGCACCACCACAAACUCCACCACCUCCCAUGCCACCACCUCCGUCAGGAACCCGACCUCCUGUUAGCAUGCACGGCUCAGGCGCGCCUCAAGUCACAGGUUGGCCAUUCCUAUGCCUGACCCUGCGGUUCCCCCUGCUGCUGGGACUGCGUCUACCAGAGGACGCUCUCGUGGACAUCCGAUGUGAACCUCAAGAUCCAACCGCCGAAGACACGCAUGCCAUCAGCGUUGCCACGUCACAGGAAACAAGCUCAGACCGAGAGGCGUCCGUUUUCGAGGGCGGGGGACAAAAUUUCCAGUGCGAGAUCGCGCUCUUCAGGAAGGACCCGGCGUCGGGGGGGUUCACCCAGCGGGUGCUGGAGGACACUGAGCUGGAGCUGGGCGAGGAGGUGCAGUUGUGGUCCAUCGUGAAAGCAAAUGACGGUUGGGAGUACAGCCGCAUGGUGGACGUGGUGGUGCAUCGCAGUGGUAGCGGCUCUUCCAGUCAUCCGCGCAACACAGCUGUUCUGGUGUUCGCUGAUGGCUGCAACAAUCCCACUUAUGAGGCGAUAGCACGCGAUAAGCCAGAGCAGACACCCCGCAACCGCCUGCUGAACAAGUUCACGAUGCGCGUAUUUCUGUUCCAAGACAUGCAGCCUGGAGACACCAUCAUGAUCUCUGCCAAGGUGGUCGGGUGCGUCGAGGAGCAGGAUUGUCUCGAGCCCACUCACUGCGCCGGAUUUGAUCGAGGCCGCAGAAAGAAGCGAGAAGUUCGUGAAGCCUCUGUUUCAGCAGCCUAUGGCGCAUCAGCGAUACAAUCGCAAGAAAACACCGAUCCCUUCACAGAGAAUCCUGUAUUCAGUGGAGACCGCAGCACCCAAUUAAAACUCACUCCUCCAGCGCCCAUACCCCAAAAGAUGAUGCAAGCUCCUCCAGGGAUCAUGCAUCACAACUCACUAUUCAAUUCCACUAAAGAUUGGAAGAGAAGCUUGUCCAUUAAUGUUAAAAACCCAUAUGUACCACAAUCAAAGCUUGCAUUGUCAACGCCGCAGUGUGAAAUCUAUUUGUUCCUGACCGUUGGAGUGGCUUGCGCCUUCUUUCUGGCAACAGUUGUUUUUGUCGUGACACUGUUUGCAAAGCGCAGAAAGCUUUGGAGUAAAUUCGAUUCAUCUGCAUCGACGUCGACCACUUCAGUCAACGUUCGUUCAGAAGGCAAAACGCAGCCGGUUACUGAAACUAGCUCUCGCUCUCCCUCGUCUUCUUUGAGUAAAUCUACACCUUCAGAAGCCUCCUCGACAGACACAGAUGGUGUUGAGCUGCCUUGGCUUCCUGAAGUGGUGGUGCCUGCAACCGUGAGACAAAGGAAGCGUAAAGUUAACUCCGAACUUAUGGACACGUUCCAAAACGGCUCUCUGCCUUUAGCAUCAUGUCCUGCUCUCCUCAACUACUACGGCUACAUGGUUGUACCUCGCAAAGUUUCUUCUUCAAACUAUGGUUCAGAGGGACGUGCCAGUAAAGUUCGACGAGCUAAGUCACCCAUUGGGACUCUGGACCGGCAUUUUGACGUCAGUGUUUUGCGCGACAUGGAUUCAGAUUACGACGAAGAAUUAUUUUCCAAUUUAGUAAAUUCACGGAAUAAAUCUUCUCACAAACACCGUUACAAACGCAGACAACGUAAUGCCGAACGUUCACGAUCACGAGAAGAAAGAAGAAACUCUCAUUCAAUGACGGAAAAAAAUCCUGGUCAACGUCGCAGCCCUGAGAGAUCGGCGGAUCUGAAGCACCAGACCCUAAUUCGCAUACCACCUCCAUCACCGCCUCUCAGACCAGCUCCAAGGCUCUCUAGACCAGAGCAGCCAAGUGAUGAUCACUUCUAUGAAGUUCCUCAAGAUUCUAGGCCUGUCAUUGUAUAAAAAAUAGAAUCCGUGAAACAAAUACGCGUGAAGAAUUAUGCCAAGUACAAUGUUUGAGCAGAAUUGAAAAAGAAAAUUUAGAGAAUUCCGUUGGAAAUCAACUAGUAUUUGAAAUUUAGACAAGUUCUCAUGAUUUUUUAUAAAAGCGGUGAAGGCAUGAGCGGUUACCUCACUAAAUUACUGGAACACCAAAAGUACGCUCGUCAAUAACGUCAAUAGAGAACAAUUAAGCACUACAUCGCAAAUUACUACGCUCGCUUAUGCACCGCUUUGAGCUUCAUCGUUAAUACGAAAAUUUUGAUUGAUUGUAUUUGAAUUCAAUGAUUCUGUAACUGACGAUAGAGCUGGACUACGAAGUGUGUACUGUAAAGACAUGAUGAAAUAUUGUGGAAUUUCUUUGAUUCUAUAUUCAUAGACAAUUUGUGAUUCAAGCUAUCGAUUGAGUCUUAACAACAUCAGCGUAUAACAUGAAUUUUUGUUCAGAUUUUAAUUAAAAAUGAAGCGUUAUUGAUUUGGAGCUUCAGAUUAAGCUACAUGGUCUAGUUGUGUGUACAGGUACGAUGUGACAUGCAUUACAUGUUCAAGGUGUGUGUACAGUGUACAAUGUUAUGUGUAUUUAUAUUUACUGUUAAUUGGUCUGUAAUGUAAGUGCAGUGCGUUCCUGUGUAGACGCUCGUGUUAGGGCAAAACUAGAACAGAAUUUAUGUUAAAACAUUAUAACAGAGGAAUAAAAAUUAGACAAUUUAAAUAAUAGAGUAAAUAACGUAGCGUGAUAAUUAUGCAAGUAAUUCAAAGUAUUUGAAACUGAUAAUGAAUGUAAAGGAGCGUAGUUACAGUAAAAUAUUCUUAGUUGAGGAAGCAAUAAAAAUUUACCAAGGAGAA